AUGGCCAUUGUUGAAGGGGCAUAUAUCGGAAGAGUUGCAAAAAAUAGAAAUAUAAUUCAAUUGCGGCAAAAAGAUCUAAGCCCUUCUCAAGUAAUUUGUAAUAGAUUCAGCCUAAAAAGUAGUACUAUUUGUUGA